AGCGGAAUUCCGAAAAGAGGUUUGUUAGCGGUUCAGGGCUCUUUCUCCGUCGUUAUCGGGCCGAGAGGAGAGGACGGUGAAGAGAACAGUGGUGGUUGAGCGCGGGUCCCGCUCUGCAGCAAUGACUGAGGCAGAAGUAAAUCCUAAAGCUUAUCCACUAGCUGAUGCUCAGCUCACUAAGACACUGCUGGAUCUUGUACAACAGUCCUGCAACUACAAACAGUUACGCAAAGGAGCCAAUGAAGCCACUAAAACUUUGAACAGAGGAAUUGCUGAAUUCAUUGUGAUGGCUGCAGAUGCGGAGCCCCUUGAGAUCAUCCUGCAUCUUCCCCUGCUAUGUGAGGACAAAAAUGUGCCCUAUGUAUUUGUGCGUUCCAAGCAGGCCCUAGGACGAGCGUGCGGCGUUUCUCGCCCUGUAAUUGCCUGUUCCAUUACCAUCAAAGAAGGUUCACAGCUGAAGCCUCAAAUUCAAUCUGUCCAACAAGCCAUUGAGAGACUAUUGGUCUAAAUUUGUCAAGCCACCUCAUACUAAACAAAGAGUACUCAAAGGAAGACCAUUGAUCCUUAGGUUGUAUUAGGUUUUUUCUUAUUUGUACAGUCUUUACAUCUGUUAGAUUUCAGUCGUCUACAAGUUUGCCUCUUCAUUUUGCCUGCCUCUCGAGUCAUGUUUGCUCUUCUGCAUGAGAAUGUUUAGUCAUUUUUUAGAUUAAACUUCUGGUAAGACUACCAGCUCCAAGUAGGAUUUAAUUAACCUAAACUUUUUGGUAAUGCACAAGACUGACUUGCAGAAAGCAUUUUUGGCAAAUUUUUAUUCUAGGAAACAAAGCUUAUACCAGACCUGUGCACUACUCAUGUAUAGUAUGAGAAAACUGAAAGUAUAUCAGGCUGUCCAAUCACUAGCCCCUUUAUAUAGGGCUCAAAUGGAAACUAGACUGUAAUAUAGCUCAGGCCAGGACCAACAUUCCAGUCUGUUUAAAACUUAACACAUGAAAUCUCAAGCAAUAGAAGGCAAAUGAAAAAUUAUUGUAUUGCCAGUCAAUGGGUUUAACACUUUUUUUAAAAAAAUAAAUAUUACAAUUUAA